AUGGCCUACCGGUAUAAAGGUAGACAGGAAACAAGCACCCGGGGCAACCAGCCAAAUGAGAAAGAUCAGGAAUAUCAGGAUUCACUAGUUGAUGAUCUAGCUGAGGAAUUUCGACUGCCAAUUAAUCACAGGCCAACGGAAAAUGUCAAUCUGGAAAAUGUGGAACAAGCAUCAUUGGACACACACAUAGCAUCAUCUAACAUUGGUUUUAGGCUUCUCCAAAAGAUGGGGUGGAAAGGGAAGGGACUUGGGAAGGAUGAGCAAGGAAUCACUGAGCCAAUAAAAUCUGGGAUUAGAGAUCCAAAAUUAGGAGUUGGAAAACAAGAGGAAGAUGAUUAUUUUACAGCAGAAGAAAAUAUCCAGAGAAGAAAACUUGAUGUUGAAAUUGAAGAGACUGAGGAACAUGCAAAGAAGCGGGAGGUGUUAGCAGAACGUGAGCAGAAAAUUCAAACUGAGGUGAAAGAAAUACACAAGGUGUUCUACUGUGAUCUUUGCAACAAACAAUACAAGUUGGCUGUGGAAUUUGAAGCUCACUUGAGCUCAUAUGAUCACAAUCACAGAAAGCGUUUUAAAGAAAUGAAAGAAAUGCAUGGUUCCAGUAGUCGGGAUGAUCGCCAGAAACGAGAGCAGCAGCGUCAGGAAAAGGAAAUGGCAAAGUUUGUUCAGAUUGCGGACGCUAGGAAGCAGCAGCAGCAGCAGCAAGAAGAAGAAUCUGGGUCUGCCCCGGGUUCCACUGAACUGACAAGUGCUACUACACUUGCAGACCAGGAUCAACGGAAGGCUUUGAAAUUUGGGUUUUCUUCUAAAGGUGGCACGUCUAAGAGCUCGUUCAGUAGUGUUGCAAAGAAGCCAAAAGUUCCUGUGGCCUCAGUGUUUGGCAAUGAUAGCGAUGAAGAAUAA